AUGGUACCAGAGGUAUCAUAUCUUAGUACAGUGACAAAGUUUUCAACAUCUGUAGAAAUCUCAACUCCUGAACCAUCAACAACUUCAUUAGUAACUAAAACAUCAAAAUCUGCUGAAAGUAUAGAGACAUCAACAGAACAUUCAUAUUUUACAGAAUCAAUUGGAUCCACUCAAUUGAAACAAACAUCAGGCUCGUUUGACACCUCUCGCUCCUCACUCAGAACAAAUCAAGCUACGGAGGCAUCAACUGUAUGGAAUACAUCACCAACAACAAAAUCCAUUGAAUCUACCCUCAGUAUUUCCAAGGUGACAGAUACAUCAGCCUUACCUGAAUCAUCAAAACUUACUUUUACCAUACAAUCAGCAAUGCAUGAAAUAUCUACGUCUUUACCUUUAGUAACCUCAUCAACAAUAGCAACAUCAGUUGCAGCCCAAGCAACAAAUACGUCUUCCACAACACCUAAAAACUCAACAGAAAAUGUUCAAACAACAUUAGUAGGGUCAAGAGAAAGAACAACACAAACAUUUUCAUCAACAAGCAAAGAACAGCUUUACAAUGCAACCCAAACACAAAACACAUUAACAGUACUACAACCAUCAAAUGCAAACACUAUUGCACAGCCGUCAACAACUGUGGAAGUCUCAACUGCCUAUGGACCUUCGAGACCUCCAUCAGUACCUAAAACUCCACAAUCUACUGAAGGCAAAGAACCAUCAUCAACUCAAACUUUACAUUCUGCAGAAUCCACUGGAUCUUCUCCAUUAUCACAAACAUCAAGUUUAUUUGAUGCUUCUCACACUUCACCCACAGAACAUCAAACUAUGAAGGAAUCAACUGUACUGCAUAUGACACCAACAAAAGAAUCCUUGGAUUCUACUGCCAGUGUUCCCCAAGUAACAGAUAUGUCAACCUUCACAGAAUCAUCGCAUUUCAUCUCUACCAUACAAACAGCAACAUAUAAAACAUCUACAUCUCUACCUUUAGAAAGCUCAUCAACAAGAGAUACAUCAGAGGAUUCCAAAGUAACAGAGGGAACAUCCAUCAAAGCUGAAAACUCAAUUUAUACAUCUGAAACCUCAAUGCUAAAAGAUAUCUCAACAAGCUUAACAGAAAGUGUUCCAAUAACACCAGUACGGUCAACAGAAACGACAAUAACAUUUUCAUCAGCAACUAAAAAACAGCUUUCCACUGCAACUAAAACACAGGAGACAUCAAAAGUACUACAAUCAUCACAGGCAACCACUGUGGCAAAGCCUUCAACAACUGUGGAUGUCUCAACUGCUUCUGGAUCUUCAACAUCUUCAUCAGUAUCUAAAACUCCACAAUCUACUGAAGGCAUAGAAGCAUUAUCAACUCAUUCUUUACAUUCUGCAGAAUCCACUGGAUCUUCUUCAUUAUCACAAACAUCAAGUUCUUUUGAUGCUUCUAACACCUCACCUACAGCAAAUCAAACUACAGAGGCAUCAACUGUAUUGCCCAUAACAUCAACAAAAGAAUCCUUGAAAUCUACCGCCAGUGUUUCCCAAGUGACAGAUACAUCAACCUUAUCAGAAUCAUCGCAUUUAACCUCUACCAUACAAACAUCAACAGAAACACAAAAAACAUCUACAUCUCUACCUUUAGUGAGCUCAUCAACAAGAGAAACAUCAGGGGCUUCCCAAGCAACAGAGGGCACGUCCACCAAAGCUGAAAACUCAAUUUAUACAUCUGAAUCCUCAACGUUAAAAGAUAUCUCAACAAGCUUAACAGAAAGUGUUCCAAUAACAACAGUACGGUCAACAGAAACGACAACAAUAACAUUUUCAUCAGCAACCAAACAACAGCUUUCCACUGCAACUGAAACACAGGAGACAUCAACAGCAGUACAGUCAUCACAGGCAACCACUGUGGCAAAGCCCUCAACAACUGUGGAAGUCUCAACUGCUUCUGGAUCUUCAACAUCUUCAUCAGUAUCUAAAACUCCACAAUCUACUGAAGGCAUAGAAGCAUCAACUCAAAAUUUACAUUCUGCAGAAUCCACGGGAUCUUCUUCAUUAUCACAAACAUCAAAUUCUUUUGAUGCUUCUAACACCUCACCUACAGCAAAUCAAACUAUGGAGGCAUCAACUGUAUUGCAUAUAACAUCAACAAAAGAAUCCGUGAAAUCUACCGCCAGUGUUUCCCAAGUGACAGAUACAUCAACCUUACCAGAAUCAUCGCAUUUAACCUCUACCAUACAAACAUCAACAGAAACACAAAAAACAUCUACAUCUUCACCUUUAGUGAGAACAUCAACAAGAGAAACAUCAGGGGCUUUCCAAGCAACAGAGGGCACGUCCACCAAAGCUGAAAACUCAAUUUAUACAUCUGAAUCCUCAACGUUAAAAGAUAUUUCAACAAGCUUAACAGAAAGUGUUCCAAUAACAACAGUACGGUCAACAGAAACGACAACAAUAACAUUUUCAUCAGCAACCAAACAACAGCUUUCCACUGCAACUGAAACACAGGAGACAUCAACAGCACUACAGUCAUCACAGGCAACCACUGUGGCAAAGCCCUCAACAACUGUGGAAGUCUCAACUGCUUCUGGAUUUUCAACAUCUUCAUCAGUAUCUAAAACUCCACAAUCUACUGAAGGCAUAGAAGCAUCAACUCAAACUUUACAUUCUGCAGAAUCCACUGGAUCUUCUUCAUUAUCACAAACAUCAAAUUCUUUUGAUGCUUCUAACACCUCACCUACAGCAAAUCAAACUACGGAGACAUCAACUGUAUUGCAUAUAACAUCAACAAAAGAAUCCUUGAAAUCUACCGCCAGUGUUUCCCAAGUGACAGAUACAUCAACCUUACCAGAAUCAUCACAUUUAACCUCUACCAUACAAACAUCAACAGAAACACAAAAAAAAUCUACAUCUCCACCUUUAGUGAGCUCAUCAACAAGAGAAACAUCAGGGGCUUCCCAAGCAACAGAGAGCACUUCCACCAAAGCUGAAAACUCAAUUUAUACAUCUAAAUCUUCAAUGUUAAAAGAUAUCUCAACAAGCUUAACAGAAAGUGUUCCAAUAACACCAGUACGGUCAACAGAAACGACAACAAUAACAUUUCCAUCAGCAACCAAACAACAGCUUUCCACUGCAACUGAAACACAGGAGACAUCAACAGCACUACAAUCAUCACAGGCAACCACUGUGGCAAAGCCCUCAACAACUGUUGAAGUCUCAACUGCUUCUGGAUCUUCAACAUCUUCAUCCGUAUUUAAAACUUCACAAUCUACUGAAAGCAUAGAAGCAUCAACUCAAACUUUAAAUUCUGCAGAAUCCACUGGAUCUUCUUCAUUAUCAAAAACAUCAAGUUCUUUUGAUGCUUCUCACACCUCACCUACAGCAAAUCAAACUACGGAGGCAUCAACUGUAUUGCACAUAACAGCAACAAAAGAAUCCUUGAAGUCUACCGCCAGUGUUUCCCAAGUGACAGAUACAUCAACCUUACCAGAAUCAUCGCAUUUAACCUCUACCAUACAAACAUCAACAGAAACACAAAAAACAUCUACAUCUCCACCUUUAGUGAGCUCAUCAACAAGAGAAACAUCAGGGGCUUCCCAAGCAACAGAGGGCACUUCCACCAAAGCUGAAAACUCAAUUCAAACAUCUGAAAGCUCGACGCUAAAAGAUAUCUCAACAAGCUUAACAGAAAGUGUUCCUACAACAGCAGUACGUUCAACAGAAACGACAAUAACAUUUUCAUCAGCAACCAAAAAACUGCUUUCCACUGCAACUGAAACACAGGAGACAUCAACAGUACUACAAUCAUCACAGGCAACCACUGUGGCAAAGCCUUUAACAACUGUGGAAGUCUCAACUGCUUCUGGAUCUUCAACAUCUUCAUCAGUAUCUAAAACUCCACAAUCUACUGAAGGCAUAGAAGCAUCAUCAACUCAAACUUUACAUUCUGCAGAAUCCACUGGAUCUUCUUCAUUAUCACAAACAUCAAGUUCUUUUGAUGCUUCUCACACCUCAUCUACAGCAAAUAAAACUACGGAGGCAUCAACUGUAUUGCACAUAACAGCAACAAAAGAAUCCUUGGAAUCUACCGCCAGUGUUUCCCAAGUGACAGAUACAUCAACCUUACCAGAAUCAUCGCAUUUUACCUCUACCAUACAAACAUCAACAGAAACACAAAAAACAUCUACAUCUCCACCUUUAGUGAGCUCAUCAACAAGAGAAACAUCAGGGGCUUCCCAAGCAACAGAGGGCACGUCCACCAAAGCUGAAAACUCAAUUUAUACAUCUGAAUCCUCAACGUUAAAAGAUAUCUCAACAAGCUUAACAGAAAGUGUUCCAAUAACACCAGUACGGUCAACAGAAACGACAACAAUAACAUUUUCAUCAGCAUCCAAACAACACCUUUCCACUGCAACUGAAACACAGGAGACAUCAACAGCACUACACUCAUCACAGGCAACCACUGUGGCAAAGCCCUCAACAACUGUGGAAGUCUCAACUGCUUCAGGAUCUUCAACAUCUUCAUCAGUAUUUAAAACUAUACAAUCUACUGAAAGCAUAGAAGCAUCAACUCAAACUUUACAUUCUGCAGAAUCCACUGGAUCUUCUUCAUUAUCACAAACAUCAAGUUCUUUUGAUGCUUCUAACACCUCACCUACAGCAAAUCAAACUACGGAGGCAUCAACUGUAUUGCACAUAACAUCAACAAAAGAAUCCUUGAAAUCUACCGCCAGUAUUUCCCAAGUGACAGAUACAUCAAACUUACCAGAAUCAUCGCAUUUAACCUCUACCAUACAAACAUCAACAGAAACACAAAAAACAUCUACAUCUCCACCUUUAGUGAGCUCAUCAACAACAGAAACAUCAGGGGCUUCCCAAGCAACAGAGGGCAUUUCCACCAAAGCUGAAAACUCAAUUCAAACAUCUGAAAGCUCGACGCUAAAAGAUAUCUCAACAAGCUUAACAGAAAGUGUUCCAAUAACAGCAGUACAUUCAACAGAAACGACAAUAACAUUUUCAUCAGCAACCAAAAAACAGCUUUCCACUGCAACUGAAACACAGGAGACAUCAACAGUACUACAAUCAUCACAGGCAACCACUGUCGCAAAGCCUUCAACAACUGUGGAAGUCUCAACUGCUUCUGGAUCUUCAACAUCUUCAUCAGUAUCUAAAACUCCACAAUCUACUGAAGGCAUAGAAGCAUCAUCAACUCAAACUUUACAUUCUGGAGAAUCCACUGGAUCUUCUUCAUUAUCACAAACAUCAAGUUCUUUUGAUGCUUCUCACACCUCAUCUACAACAAAUCGAACAACAGAGGCUUCAACUGUAUUACACACUACAUCCACAAAAGAAUCCUUGGAAUCAACCGCCAGUGUUUCCCAAGUGACUGAUACAUCAACCUUACCAGAAUCAUCGCAUUUAAAUUCUACCAUACAAACAUCAACAGAAACACAUAAAACAUCUACAUCUCCACCUUUAGUGAGCUCAUCAACAAGAGAAACAUCAGGGGCUUCCCAAGCAACAGAGGGCACUUCCAGCAAAGCUGAAAACUCAAUUUAUACAUCUGAAACCUCGACGCUAAAAGAUAUCUCAACAAGCUUAACAGAAAGUGUUCCAAUAACACCAGUACGGUCAACAGAAACAACAACAAUAACAUUUCCAUCAGCAACCAAACAACAGCUUUCCACUGCAACUGAAACACAGGAGACAUCAAAAGCACUACAAUCAUCACAGGCAACCACUGUGGCAAAGCCCUCAACAAAUGUGGAAGUCUCAACUGCUUCUGGAUCUUCAAGAUCUUCAUCAGUAUCUAAAACUCCACAAUCUACUGAAGGCAUAGAAGCAUCAUCAACUCAAACUUUACAUUCUGCAGAAUCCACUGGAUCUUCUUCAUUAUCACAAACAUCAAGUUCUUUUGAUGCUUCUCACACCUCACCUACAGCAAAUCAAACUACGGAGACAUCAACUGUAUUGCACAUAACAGCAACAAAAGAAUCCUUGAAAUCUACCGCCAGUGUUUCCCAAGUGACAGAUACAUCAACCUUACCAGAAUCAUCGCAUUUUACCUCUACCAUACAAACAUCAACAGAAACACAUAAAACAUCUACAUCUCCACCUUUAGUGAGCUCAUCAACAAGAGAAACAUCAGGGGCUUCCCAAGCAACAGAGGGCACGUCCACCAAAGUUGAAAACUCAAUUUAUACAUCUGAAUCCUCAACAUUAAAAGAUAUCUCAACAAGCUUAACAGAAAGUGUUCCUACAACAGCAGUACGUUCAACAGAAACGACAAUAACAUUUUCAUCAGCAACCAAAAAACUGCUUUCCACUGCAACUGAAACACAGGAGACAUCAACAGUACUACAAUCAUCACAGGCAACCACUGUGGCAAAGCCUUCAACAACUGUGGAAGUCUCAACUGCUUCUGGAUCUUCAACAUCUUCAUCAGUAUCUAAAACUCCACAAUCUACUGAAGGCAUAGAAGCAUCAUCAACUCAAACUUUACAUUCUGCAGAAUCCACUGGAUCUUCUUCAUUAUCACAAACAUCAAGUUCUCUUGAUGCUUCUCACACCUCAUCUACAACAAAUCGAACAACAGAGGCAUCAACUGUAUUACACACUACAUCCACAAAAGAAUCCUUGGAAUCUACCGCCAGUGUUUCCCAAGUGACUGAUACAUCAACCUUACCAGAAUCAUCGCAUUUAAAUUCUACCCUACAAACAUCAACAGAAACACAUAAAACAUCUACAUCUCCACCUUUAGUGAGCUCAUCAACAACAGAAACAUCAGGGGCUUCCCAAGCAACAGAGGGCACUUCCACCAAAGCUGAAAACUCAAUUCAAACAUCUGAAAGCUCGACGCUAAAAGAUAUCUCAACAAGCUUAACAGAAAGUGUUCCAAUAACAGCAGUACGUUCAACAGAAACGACAAUAACAUUUUCAUCAGCAACCAAAAAACAGCUUUCCACUGCAACUGAAACACAGGAGACAUCAACAGUACUACAAUCAUCACAGGCAACCACUGUGGCAAAGCCUUCAACAACUGUGGAAGUCUCAACUGCUUCUGGAUCUUCAACAUCUUCAUCAGUAUCUAAAACUCCACAAUUUACUGAAGGCAUAGAAGCAUCCUCAACUCAAACUUUACAUUUUGCAGAAUCCACUGGAUCUUCUUCAUUAUCACAAACAUCAAGUUCUUUUGAUGCUUCUCACACCUCACCUACAGCAAAUCAAACUACGGAGGCAUCAACUGUAUUGCACAUAACAGCAACAAAAGAAUCCUUGAAGUCUACCGCCAGUGUUUCCCAAGUGACAGAUACAUCAACCUUACCAGAAUCAUCGCAUUUUACCUCUACCAUACAAGCAUCAACAGAAACACAAAAAACAUCUACAUCUCUACCUUUAGUGAGCUCAUCAACAAGAGAAACAUCAGGGGCUUCCCAAGCAACAGAGGGCACUUCCACCAAAGCUGAAAACUCAAUUCAAACAUCUGAAAGCUCGACGCUAAAAGAUAUCUCAACAAGCUUAACAGAAAGUGUUCCUACAACAGCAGUACGUUCAACAGAAACGACAAUAACAUUUUCAUCAGCAACCAAAAAACAGCUUUCCACUGAAACUGAAACACAGGAGACAUCAACAGUACUACAAUCAUCACAGGCAACCACUGUGGCAAAGCCUUUAACAACUGUGGAAGUCUCAACUGCUUCUGGAUCUUCAACAUCUUCAUCAGUAUCUAAAACUCCACAAUCUACUGAAUGCAUAGAAGCAUCAUCAACUCAAACUUUACAUUCUGCAGAAUCCACUGGAUCUUCUUCAUUAUCACAAACAUCAAGUUCUUUUGAUGCUUCUCACACCUCAUCUACAGCAAAUCAAACUACGGAGGCAUCAACUGUAUUGCACAUAACAGCAACAAAAGAAUCCUUGGAAUCUACCGCCAGUGUUUCCCAAGUGACAGAUACAUCAACCUUACCAGAAUCAUCGCAUUUUACCUCUACCAUACAAACAUCAACAGAAACACAAAAAACAUCUACAUCUCCACCUUUAGUGAGCUCAUCAACAAGAGAAACAUCAGGGGCUUCCCAAGCAACAGAGGGCACGUCCACCAAAGCUGAAAACUCAAUUUAUACAUCUGAAUCCUCAACGUUAAAAGAUAUCUCAACAAGCUUAACAGAAAGUGUUCCAAUAACACCAGUACGGUCAACAGAAACGACAACAAUAACAUUUUCAUCAGCAUCCAAACAACAGCUUUCCACUGCAACUGAAACACAGGAGACAUCAACAGCACUACACUCAUCACAGGCAACCACUGUGGCAAAGCGCUCAACAACUGUGGAAGUCUCAACUGCUUCAGGAUCUUCAACAUCUUCAUCAGUAUUUAAAACUAUACAAUCUACUGAAAGCAUAGAAGCAUCAACUCAAACUUUACAUUCUGCAGAAUCCACUGGAUCUUCUUCAUUAUCACAAACAUCAAGUUCUUUUAAAGCUUCUAACACCUCACCUACAGCAAAUCAAACUACGGAGGAAUCAACUGUAUUGCACAUAACAUCAACAAAAGAAUCCUUGAAAUCUACCGCCAGUGUUUCCCAAGUGACAGAUACAUCAAACUUACCAGAAUCAUCGCAUUUAACCUCUACCAUACAAACAUCAACAGAAACACAAAAAACAUCUACAUCUCCACCUUUAGUGAGCUCAUCAACAACAGAAACAUCAGGGGCUUCCCAAGCAACAGAGGGCAUUUCCACCAAAGCUGAAAACUCAAUUCAAACAUCUGAAAGCUCGACGCUAAAAGAUAUCUCAACAAGCUUAACAGAAAGUGUUCCAAUAACAGCAGUACAUUCAACAGAAACGACAAUAACAUUUUCAUCAGCAACCAAAAAACAGCUUUCCACUGCAACUGAAACACAGGAGACAUCAACAGUACUACAAUCAUCACAGGCAACCACUGUGGCAAAGCCUUCAACAACUGUGGAAGUCUCAACUGCUUCUGGAUCUUCAACAUCUUCAUCAGUAUCUAAAACUCCACAAUCUACUGAAGGCAUAGAAGCAUCAUCAACUCAAACUUUACAUUCUGCAGAAUCCACUGGAUCUUCUUCAUUAUCACAAACAACAAGUUCUUUUGAUGCUUCUCACACCUCACCUACAGCAAAUCAAACUAUGGAGGCAUCAACUGUAUUGCACAUAACAGCACCAAAAGAAUCCUUGAAAUCUACCGCCAGUGUUUCCCAAGUGACAGAUACAUCAACCUUACCAGAAUCAUCGCAUUUUACCUCUACCAUACAAACAUCAACAGAAACACAUAAAACAUCUACAGCUCCACCUUUAGUGAGCUCAUCAACAAGAGAAACAUCAGGCGCUUCCCAAGCAACAGAGGGCACGUCCACCAAAGCUGAAAACUCAAUUUAUACAUCUGAAUCCUCAACAUUAAAAGAUAUCUCAACAAGCUUAACAGAAAGUGUUCCAAAAACACCAAUACGUUCCACAGAAACGACAACAAUAACAUUUUCAUUAGCAUCCAAACAACAGCUUUCCACUGCAACUGAAACACAGGAGACAUCAACAGUACUACAAUCAUCACAGGCAACCACUGUGGCAAAGCCUUCAACAACUGUGGAAGUCUCAACUGCUUCUGGAUCUUCAACAUCUUCAUCAGUAUCUAAAACUCCACAAUCUACUAAAGGCAUAGAAGCAUCAUCAACUCAAACUUUACAUUCUGCAGAAUCCACUGGAUCUUCUUCAUUAUCACAAACAUCAAGUUCUUUUGAUGCUUCUCACACCUCACCUACAGCAAAUCAAACUACGGAGGCAUCAACUGUAUUGCACAUAACAGCAACAAAAGAAUCCUUGAAGUUUACCGCCAGUGUUUCCCAAGUGACAGAUACAUCAACCUUACCAGAAUCAUCGCAUUUUACCUCUACCAUACAAACAUCAACAGAAACACAAAAAACAUCUACAUCUCCACCUUUAGUGAGCUCAUCAACAAGAGAAACAUCAGGGGCUUCCCAAGCAACAGAGGUCACUUCCACCAAAGCUGAAAACUCAAUUCAAACAUCUGAAAGCUCGACGCUAAAAGAUAUCUCAACAAGCUUAACAGAAAGUGUUCCUACAACAGCAGUACGUUCAACAGAAACGACAAUAACAUUUUCAUCAGCAACCAAAAAACUGCUUUCCACUGCAACUGAAACACAGGAGACAUCAACAGUACUACAAUCAUCACAGGCAACCACUGUGGCAAAGCCUUCAACAACUGUGGAAGUCUCAACUGCUUCUGGAUCUUCAACAUCUUCAUCAGUAUCUAAAACUCCACAAUCUACUGAAGGCAUAGAAGCAUCAUCAACUCAAACUUUACAUUUUGCAAAAUCCACUGGAUCUUCUUCAUUAUCACAAACAACAAGUUCUUUUGAUGCUUCUCACACCUCACCUACAGCAAAUCAAACUACGGAGGCAUCAACUGUAUUGCACAUAACAGCAACAAAAGAAUCCUUGAUGUCUACCGCCAGUGUUUCUCAAGUGACAGAUACAUCAACCUUACCAGAAUCAUCGCAUUUUACCUCUACCAUACAAACAUCAACAGAAACACAAAAAACAUCUACAUCUCUACCUUUAGUGAGCUCAUUAACAAGAGAAACAUCAGGGGCUUCCCAAGCAACAGAGGGCACUUUCACCAAAGCUGAAAACUCAAUUCAAACAUCUGAAAGCUCGACGCUAAAAGAUAUCUCAACAAGCUUAACAGAAAGUGUUCCUACAACAGCAGUACGUUCAACAGAAACGACAAUAACAUUUUCAUCAUCAACCAAAAAACAGCUUUCCACUGCAACUGAAACACAGGAGACAUCAACAGUACUACAAUCAUCACAGGCAACCACUGUCGCAAAGCCUUCAACAACUGUGGAAGUCUCAACUGCUUCUGGAUCUUCAACAUCUUCAUCAGUAUCUAAAACUCCACAAUCUACUGAAGGCAUAGAAGCAUCAUCAACUCAAACUUUACAUUCUGCAGAAUCCACUGGAUCUUCUUCAUUAUCACAAACAUUAAGUUCUUUUGAUGCUUCUCACACCUCACCUACAGCAAAUCAAACUACGGAGGCAUCAACUGUAUUGCACAUAACAGCAACAAAAGAAUCCUUGAAAUCUACCGCCAGUGUUUCCCAAGUGACAGAUACAUCAACCUUACCAGAAUCAUCGCAUUUUACCUCUACCAUACAAACAUCAACAGAAACACAAAAAACAUCUACAUCUCCACCUUUAGUGAGCUCAUCAACAAGAGAAACAUCAGGGGAUUCCCAAGCAACAGAGGGCACGUCCACCAAAGCUGAAAACUCAAUUUAUACAUCUGAAUCCUCAACAUUAAAAGAUAUCUCAACAAGCUUAACAGAAAGUGUUCCAAUAACACCAGUACGGUCAACAGAAACGACAACAAUAACAUUUUCAUCAGCAUCCAAACAGCUUUCCACUGCAACUGAAACACAGGAGACAUCAACAGCACUACACUCAUCACAGGCAACAACUGUGGCAAAGCCGUCAACAACUGUGGAAGUCUCAACUGCUUCAGGAUCUUCAACAUCUUCAUCAGUAUUUAAAACUUCACAAUCUACUGAAAGUAUAGAAGCAUCAACUCAAACUUUACAUUCUGCAGAAUCCACUGGAUCUUCUUCAUUAUCACAAACAUCAAGUUCUUUUGAUGCUUCUAACACCUCACCUACAGCAAAUCAAACUACGGAGGCAUCAACUGUAUUGCACAUAACAUCAACAAAAGAAUCCUUGAAAUCUACCGCCAGUGUUUCCCAAGUGACAGAUACAUCAACCUUACAAGAAUCAUCGCAUUUAACCUCUACCAUACAAACAUCAACAGAAACACAAAAAACAUCUACAUCUCCACCUUUAGUGAGCUCAUCAACAACAGAAACAUCAGGGGCUUCCCAAGCAACAGAGGGCACUUCUACCAAAGCUGAAAACUCAAUUCAAACAUCUGAAAGCUCGACACUAAAAGAUAUCUCAACAAGCUUAACAGAAAGUGUUCCAAUAACAGCAGUACGUUCAACAGAAACGACAAUAACAUUUUUAUCAGCAACCAAAAAACAGCUUUCCACUGCAACUGAAACACAGGAGACAUCAACAAUACUACAAUCAUCACAGGCAACCACUGUGGCAAAGCCUUCAACAACUGUGGAAGUCUCAACUGCUUCUGGAUCUUCAACAUCUUCAUCAGUAUCUAAAACUCCACAAUCUACUGAAGGCAUAGAAGCAUCAUCAACUCAAACUUUACCUUCUGCAGAAUCCACUGGAUCUUCUUCAUUAUCACAAACAUCAAGUUCUUUUGAUGCUUCUCACACCUCAUCUACAACAAAUCGAACAACAGAGGCAUCAACUGUAUUACACACUACAUCCACAAAAGAAUCCUUGGAAUCUACCGCCAGUGUUUCCAAAGUCACUGAUACAUCAACCUUACCAGAAUCAUCGCAUUUAAACUCUACCAUACAAACAUCAACAGAAACACAUAAAACAUCUACAUCUCCACCUUUAGUGAGCUCAUCAACAAGAGAAACGUCAGGGGCUUCCCAAGCAACAGAGGGCACUUCCAGCAAAGCUGAAAACUCAAUUUAUACAUCUGAAACCUCGACGCUAAAAGAUAUCUCAACAAGCUUAACAGAAAGUGUUCCAAUAACACCAGUACGGUCAACAGAAACAACAACAAUAACAUUUCCAUCAGCAACCAAACAACAGCUUUCCACUGCAAUUGAAACACAGGAGACAUCAACAGCACUACAAUCAUCACAGGCAACCACUGUGGCAAAGCCCUCAACAAAUGUGGAAGUCUCAACUGCUUCUGGAUCUUCAACAUCUUCAUCAGUAUCUAAAACUCCACAAUCUACUGAAGGCAUAGAAGCAUCAUCAACUCAAACUUUACAUUCUGCAGAAUCCACUGGAUCUUCUUUAUUAUCACAAACAUCAAGUUCUUUUGAUGCUUCUCACACCUCACCUACAGCAAAUCAAACUACGGAGACAUCAACUGUAUUGCACAUAACAGCAACAAAAGAAUCCUUGAAAUCUACCGCCAGUGUUUCCCAAGUGACAGAUACAUCAACCUUACCAGAAUCAUCGCAUUUUACCUCUACCAUACAAACAUCAACAGAAACACAUAAAACAUCUACAUCUCCACCUUUAGUGAGCUCAUCAACAAGAGACACAUCAGGGGCUUCCCAAGCAACAGAGGGCACGUCCACCAAAGCUGAAAACUCAAUUUAUACAUCUGAAUCCUCAACAUUAAAAGAUAUCUCAACAAGCUUAACAGAAAGUUUUCCAAAAACACCAGUACGUUCCACAGAAACGACAACAAUAACAUUUUCAUUAGCAUCCAAACAACAGCUUUCCACUGCAACUGAAACACAGGAGACAUCAACAGUACUACAAUCAUCACAGGCAACCACUGUGGCAAAGCCUUCAACAACUGUGGAAGUCUCAACUGCUUCUGGAUCUUCAACAUCUUCAUCAGUAUCUAAAACUCCACAAGCUACUGAAGGCAUAGAAGCAUCAUCAACUCAAACUUUACAUUCUGCAGAAUCCACUGGAUCUUCUUCAUUAUCACAAACAUCAAGUUCUUUUGAUGCUUCUCACACCUCACCUACAGCAAAUCAAACUACGGAGGCAUCAACUGUAUUGCACAUAACAGCAACAAAAGAAUCCUUGAAAUCUACCGCCAGUGUUUCCCAAGUGACAGAUACAUCAACCUUACCAGAAUCAUCGCAUUUUACCUCUACCAUACAAACAUCAACAGAAACACAAAAAACAUCUACAUCUCCACCUUUAGUGAGCUCAUCAACAAGAGAAACAUCAGGGGAUUCCCAAGCAACAGAGGGCACAUCCACCAAAGCUGAAAACUCAAUUUAUACAUCUGAAUCCUCAACAUUAAAAGAUAUCUCAACAAGCUUAACAGAAAGUGUUCCAAUAACACCAGUACGUUCAAAAGAAACGACAACAAUAACAUUUUCAUCAGCAUCCAAACAACAGCUUUCUACUGCAACUGAAACACAGGAGACAUCAACAGCACUACACUCAUCACAGGCAACAACUGUGGCAAAGCCGUCAACAACUGUGGAAGUCUCAACUGCUUCUGGAUCUUCAACAUCUUCAUCAGUAUUUAAAACUUCACAAUCUACUGAAAGUAUAGAAGCAUCAACUCAAACUUUACAUUCUGCAGAAUCCACUGGAUCUUCUUCAUUAUCACAAACAUCAAGUUCUUUUGAUGCUUCUCACACCUCAUCUACAACAAAUCGAACAACAGAGGCAUCAACUGUAUUACACACUACAUCCACAAAAGAAUCCUUGGAAUCUACCGCCAGUGUUUCCCAAGUGACUGAUACAUCAACCUUACCAGAAUCAUCGCAUUUAAACUCUACCAUAGAAACACCAACAGAAACACAUAAAACAUCUACAUCUCCACCUUUAGUGAGCUCAUCAACAAGAGAAACAUCAGGGGCUUCCCAAGCAACAGAGGGCACUUCCAGCAAAGCUGAAAACUCAAUUUAUACAUCUGAAACCUCGACGCUAAAAGAUAUCUCAACAAGCUUAACAGAAAGUGUUCCAAUAACACCAGUACGGUCAACAGAAACAACAACAAUAACAUUUCCAUCAGCAACCAAACAACAGCUUUCCACUGCAACUGAAACACAGGAGACAUCAACAGCACUACAAUCAUCACAGGCAACCACUGUGGCAAAGCCCUCAACAACUGUGGAAGUCUCAACUGCUUCUGGAUCUUCAACAUCUUCAUCAGUAUCUAAAACUCCUCAAUCUACUGAAGGCAUAGAAGCAUCAUCAACUCAAACUUUACAUUCUGCAGAAUCCACUGGAUCUUCUUCAUUAUCACAAACAUCAAGUUCUUUUGAUGCUUCUCACACCUCACCUACAGCAAAUCAAACUACGGAGACAUCAACUGUAUUGCACAUAACAGCAACAAAAGAAUCCUUGAAAUCUACCGCCAGUGUUUCCCAAGUGACAGAUACAUCAACCUUACCAGAAUCAUCGCAUUUUACCUCUACCAUACAAACAUCAACAGAAACACAAAAAACAUCUACAUCUCCACCUUUAGUGAGCUCAUCAACAAGAGAAACAUCAGGGGAUUCCCAAGCAACAGAGGGCACGUCCACCAAAGCUGAAAACUCAAUUUAUACAUCUGAAUCCUCAACAUUAAAAGAUAUCUCAACAAGCUUAACAGAAAAUGUUCCAAUAACACCAGUACGGUCAACAGAAACAACAACAAUAACAUUUCCAUCAGCAACCAAACAACAGCUUUCCACUGCAACUGAAACACAGGAGACAUCAACAGUACUACAAUCAUCACAGGCAACCACUGUGGCAAAGCCUUCAACAACUGUGGAAGUCUCAACUGCUUCUGGAUCUUCAACAUCUUCAUCAGUAUCUAAAACUCCACAAUCUACUGAAGGCAUAGAAGCAUCAUCAACUCAAACUUUACAUUCUGCAGAAUCCACUGGAUCUUCUUCAUUAUCACAAACAUCAAGUUCUUUUGAUGCUUCAUACACCUCACCUACAGCAAAUCAAACUACGGAGAUAUCAACUGUAUUGCACAUAACAGCAACAAAAGAAUCCUUGAAGUCUACCGCCAGUGUUUCCCAAGUGACAGAUACAUCAACCUUACCAGAAUCAUCGCAUUUUACCUCUACCAUACAAACAUCAACAGAAACACAAAAAACAUCUACAUCUCCACCUUUAGUGAGCUCAUCAACAAGAGAAACAUCAGGGGCUUCCCAAGCAACAGAGGUCACUUCCACCAAAGCUGAAAACUCAAUUCAAACAUCUGAAAGCUCGACGCUAAAAGAUAUCUCAACAAGCUUAACAGAAAGUGUUCCUACAACAGCAGUACGUUCAACAGAAACGACAAUAACAUUUUCAUCAGCAACCAAAAAACUGCUUUCCACUGCAACUGAAACACAGGAGACAUCAACAGUACUACAAUCAUCACAGGCAACCACUGUGGCAAAGCCUUCAACAACUGUGGAAGUCUCAACUGCUUCUGGAUCUUCAACAUCUUCAUCAGUAUCUAAAACUCCACAAUCUACUGAAGGCAUAGAAGCAUCAUCAACUCAAACUUUACAUUUUGCAAAAUCCACUGGAUCUUCUUCAUUAUCACAAACAACAAGUUCUUUUGAUGCUUCUCACACCUCACCUACAGCAAAUCAAACUACGGAGGCAUCAACUGUAUUGCACAUAACAGCAACAAAAGAAUCCUUGAUGUCUACCGCCAGUGUUUCUCAAGUGACAGAUACAUCAACCUUACCAGAAUCAUCGCAUUUUACCUCUACCAUACAAACAUCAACAGAAACACAAAAAACAUCUACAUCUCUACCUUUAGUGAGCUCAUUAACAAGAGAAACAUCAGGGGCUUCCCAAGCAACAGAGGGCACUUUCACCAAAGCUGAAAACUCAAUUCAAACAUCUGAAAGCUCGACGCUAAAAGAUAUCUCAACAAGCUUAACAGAAAGUGUUCCUACAACAGCAGUACGUUCAACAGAAACGACAAUAACAUUUUCAUCAUCAACCAAAAAACAGCUUUCCACUGCAACUGAAACACAGGAGACAUCAACAGUACUACAAUCAUCACAGGCAACCACUGUCGCAAAGCCUUCAACAACUGUGGAAGUCUCAACUGCUUCUGGAUCUUCAACAUCUUCAUCAGUAUCUAAAACUCCACAAUCUACUGAAGGCAUAGAAGCAUCAUCAACUCAAACUUUACAUUCUGCAGAAUCCACUGGAUCUUCUUCAUUAUCACAAACAUUAAGUUCUUUUGAUGCUUCUCACACCUCACCUACAGCAAAUCAAACUACGGAGGCAUCAACUGUAUUGCACAUAACAGCAACAAAAGAAUCCUUGAAAUCUACCGCCAGUGUUUCCCAAGUGACAGAUACAUCAACCUUACCAGAAUCAUCGCAUUUUACCUCUACCAUACAAACAUCAACAGAAACACAAAAAACAUCUACAUCUCCACCUUUAGUGAGCUCAUCAACAAGAGAAACAUCAGGGGAUUCCCAAGCAACAGAGGGCACGUCCACCAAAGCUGAAAACUCAAUUUAUACAUCUGAAUCCUCAACAUUAAAAGAUAUCUCAACAAGCUUAACAGAAAGUGUUCCAAUAACACCAGUACGGUCAACAGAAACGACAACAAUAACAUUUUCAUCAGCAUCCAAACAGCUUUCCACUGCAACUGAAACACAGGAGACAUCAACAGCACUACACUCAUCACAGGCAACAACUGUGGCAAAGCCGUCAACAACUGUGGAAGUCUCAACUGCUUCAGGAUCUUCAACAUCUUCAUCAGUAUUUAAAACUUCACAAUCUACUGAAAGUAUAGAAGCAUCAACUCAAACUUUACAUUCUGCAGAAUCCACUGGAUCUUCUUCAUUAUCACAAACAUCAAGUUCUUUUGAUGCUUCUAACACCUCACCUACAGCAAAUCAAACUACGGAGGCAUCAACUGUAUUGCACAUAACAUCAACAAAAGAAUCCUUGAAAUCUACCGCCAGUGUUUCCCAAGUGACAGAUACAUCAACCUUACAAGAAUCAUCGCAUUUAACCUCUACCAUACAAACAUCAACAGAAACACAAAAAACAUCUACAUCUCCACCUUUAGUGAGCUCAUCAACAACAGAAACAUCAGGGGCUUCCCAAGCAACAGAGGGCACUUCUACCAAAGCUGAAAACUCAAUUCAAACAUCUGAAAGCUCGACGCUAAAAGAUAUCUCAACAAGCUUAACAGAAAGUGUUCCAAUAACAGCAGCAACCACUGUGGCAAAGCCUUCAACAACUGUGGAAGUCUCAACUGCUUCUGGAUCUUCAACAUCUUCAUCAGUAUCUAAAACUCCACAAUCUACUGAAGGCAUAGAAGCAUCAUCAACUCAAACUUUACAUUCUGCAGAAUCCACUGGAUCUUCUUCAUUAUCACAAACAUCAAGUUCUUUUGAUGCUUCUCACACCUCAUCUACAACAAAUCGAACAACAGAGGCAUCAACUGUAUUACACACUACAUCCACAAAAGAAUCCUUGGAAUCUACCGCCAGUGUUUCCAAAGUCACUGAUACAUCAACCUUACCAGAAUCAUCGCAUUUAAACUCUACCAUACAAACAUCAACAGAAACACAUAAAACAUCUACAUCUCCACCUUUAGUGAGCUCAUCAACAAGAGAAACGUCAGGGGCUUCCCAAGCAACAGAGGGCACUUCCAGCAAAGCUGAAAACUCAAUUUAUACAUCUGAAACCUCGACGCUAAAAGAUAUCUCAACAAGCUUAACAGAAAGUGUUCCAAUAACACCAGUACGGUCAACAGAAACAACAACAAUAACAUUUCCAUCAGCAACCAAACAACAGCUUUCCACUGCAAUUGAAACACAGGAGACAUCAACAGCACUACAAUCAUCACAGGCAACCACUGUGGCAAAGCCCUCAACAAAUGUGGAAGUCUCAACUGCUUCUGGAUCUUCAACAUCUUCAUCAGUAUCUAAAACUCCACAAUCUACUGAAGGCAUAGAAGCAUCAUCAACUCAAACUUUACAUUCUGCAGAAUCCACUGGAUCUUCUUUAUUAUCACAAACAUCAAGUUCUUUUGAUGCUUCUCACACCUCACCUACAGCAAAUCAAACUACGGAGACAUCAACUGUAUUGCACAUAACAGCAACAAAAGAAUCCUUGAAAUCUACCGCCAGUGUUUCCCAAGUGACAGAUACAUCAACCUUACCAGAAUCAUCGCAUUUUACCUCUACCAUACAAACAUCAACAGAAACACAUAAAACAUCUACAUCUCCACCUUUAGUGAGCUCAUCAACAAGAGAAACAUCAGGGGCUUCCCAAGCAACAGAGGGCACGUCCACCAAAGCUGAAAACUCAAUUUAUACAUCUGAAUCCUCAACAUUAAAAGAUAUCUCAACAAGCUUAACAGAAAGUGUUCCAAAAACACCAGUACGUUCCACAGAAACGACAACAAUAACAUUUUCAUUAGCAUCCAAACAACAGCUUUCCACUGCAACUGAAACACAGGAGACAUCAACAGUACUACAAUCAUCACAGGCAACCACUGUGGCAAAGCCUUCAACAACUGUGGAAGUCUCAACUGCUUCUGGAUCUUCAACAUCUUCAUCAGUAUCUAAAACUCCACAAGCUACUGAAGGCAUAGAAGCAUCAUCAACUCAAACUUUACAUUCUGCAGAAUCCACUGGAUCUUCUUCAUUAUCACAAACAUCAAGUUCUUUUGAUGCUUCUCACACCUCAUCUACAACAAAUCGAACAACAGAGGCAUCAACUGUAUUACACACUACAUCCACAAAAGAAUCCUUGGAAUCUACCGCCAGUGUUUCCCAAGUGACUGAUACAUCAACCUUACCAGAAUCAUCGCAUUUAAACUCUACCAUAGAAACACCAACAGAAACACAUAAAACAUCUACAUCUCCACCUUUAGUGAGCUCAUCAACAAGAGAAACAUCAGGGGCUUCCCAAGCAACAGAGGGCACUUCCACCAAAGCUGAAAACUCAAUUUAUACAUCUGAAUCCUCAACAUUAAAAGAUAUCUCAACAAGCUUAACAGAAAGUGUUCCAAUAACACCAGUACGUUCAAAAGAAACGACAACAAUAACAUUUUCAUCAGCAUCCAAACAACAGCUUUCUACUGCAACUGAAACACAGGAGACAUCAACAGCACUACACUCAUCACAGGCAACAACUGUGGCAAAGCCGUCAACAACUGUGGAAGUCUCAACUGCUUCUGGAUCUUCAACAUCUUCAUCAGUAUUUAAAACUUCACAAUCUACUGAAAGUAUAGAAGCAUCAACUCAAACUUUACAUUCUGCAGAAUCCACUGGAUCUUCUUCAUUAUCACAAACAUCAAGUUCUUUUGAUGCUUCUCACACCUCAUCUACAACAAAUCGAACAACAGAGGCAUCAACUGUAUUACACACUACAUCCACAAAAGAAUCCUUGGAAUCUACCGCCAGUGUUUCCCAAGUGACUGAUACAUCAACCUUACCAGAAUCAUCGCAUUUAAACUCUACCAUAGAAACACCAACAGAAACACAUAAAACAUCUACAUCUCCACCUUUAGUGAGCUCAUCAACAAGAGAAACAUCAGGGGCUUCCCAAGCAACAGAGGGCACUUCCAGCAAAGCUGAAAACUCAAUUUAUACAUCUGAAACCUCGACGCUAAAAGAUAUCUCAACAAGCUUAACAGAAAGUGUUCCAAUAACACCAGUACGGUCAACAGAAACAACAACAAUAACAUUUCCAUCAGCAACCAAACAACAGCUUUCCACUGCAACUGAAACACAGGAGACAUCAACAGCACUACAAUCAUCACAGGCAACCACUGUGGCAAAGCCCUCAACAACUGUGGAAGUCUCAACUGCUUCUGGAUCUUCAACAUCUUCAUCAGUAUCUAAAACUCCUCAAUCUACUGAAGGCAUAGAAGCAUCAUCAACUCAAACUUUACAUUCUGCAGAAUCCACUGGAUCUUCUUCAUUAUCACAAACAUCAAGUUCUUUUGAUGCUUCUCACACCUCACCUACAGCAAAUCAAACUACGGAGACAUCAACUGUAUUGCACAUAACAGCAACAAAAGAAUCCUUGAAAUCUACCGCCAGUGUUUCCCAAGUGACAGAUACAUCAACCUUACCAGAAUCAUCGCAUUUUACCUCUACCAUACAAACAUCAACAGAAACACAAAAAACAUCUACAUCUCCACCUUUAGUGAGCUCAUCAACAAGAGAAACAUCAGGGGAUUCCCAAGCAACAGAGGGCACGUCCACCAAAGCUGAAAACUCAAUUUAUACAUCUGAAUCCUCAACAUUAAAAGAUAUCUCAACAAGCUUAACAGAAAAUGUUCCAAUAACACCAGUACGGUCAACAGAAACAACAACAAUAACAUUUCCAUCAGCAACCAAACAACAGCUUUCCACUGCAACUGAAACACAGGAGACAUCAACAGUACUACAAUCAUCACAGGCAACCACUGUGGCAAAGCCUUCAACAACUGUGGAAGUCUCAACUGCUUCUGGAUCUUCAACAUCUUCAUCAGUAUCUAAAACUCCACAAUCUACUGAAGGCAUAGAAGCAUCAUCAACUCAAACUUUACAUUCUGCAGAAUCCACUGGAUCUUCUUCAUUAUCACAAACAUCAAGUUCUUUUGAUGCUUCAUACACCUCACCUACAGCAAAUCAAACUACGGAGAUAUCAACUGUAUUGCACAUAACAGCAACAAAAGAAUCCUUGAAGUCUACCGCCAGUGUUUCCCAAGUGACAGAUACAUCAACCUUACCAGAAUCAUCGCAUUUUACCUCUACCAUACAAACAUCCACAGAAACACAAAAAACAUCUACAUCUCCACCUUUAGUGAGCUCAUCAACUAGAGAAACAUCAGGGGAUUCCCAAGCAACAGAGGUCACUUCCACCAAAGCUGAAAACUCAAUUCAAACAUCUGAAAGCUCGACGCUAAAAGAUAUCUCAACAAGCUUAACAGAAAGUGUUCCUACAACAGCAGUACGUUCAACAGAAACGACAAUAACAUUUUCAUCAGCAACCAAAAAACUGCUUUCCACUGCAACUGAAACACAGGAGACAUCAACAGUACUACAAUCAUCACAGGCAACCACUGUGGCAAAGCCUUCAACAACUGUGGAAGUCUCAACUGCUUCUGGAUCUUCAACAUCUUCAUCAGUAUCUAAAACUCCACAAUCUACUGAAGGCAUAGAAGCAUCAUCAACUCAAACUUUGCAUUCUGCAGAAUCCACUGGAUCUUCUUCAUUAUCACAAACAACAAGUUCUUUUGAUGCUUCUCACACCUCACCUACAGCAAAUCAAACUACGGAGGCAUCAACUGUAUUGCACAUAACAGCAACAAAAGAAUCCUUGAAGUCUACCGCCAGUGUUUCCCAAGUGACAGAUACAUCAACCUUACCAGAAUCAUCGUAUUUUACCUCUACCAUACAAACAUCAACAGAAACACAAAAAACAUCUACAUCUCUACCUUUAGUGAGCUCAUCAACAAGAGAAACAUCAGGGGCUUCCCAAGCAACAGAGGGCACUUCCACCAAAGCUGAAAACUCAAUUCAAACAUCUGAAAGCUCGACGCUAAAAGAUAUCUCAACAAGCUUAACAGAAAGUGUUCCUACAACAGCAGUACGUUCAACAGAAACGACAAUAACAUUUUCAUCAGCAACCAAAAAACAGCUUUCCACUGCAACUGAAACACAGGAGACAUCAACAGUACUACAAUCAUCACAGGCAACCACUGUCGCAAAGCCUUCAACAACUGUGGAAGUCUCAACUGCUUCUGGAUCUUCAACAUCUUCAUCAGUAUCUAAAACUCCACAAUCUACUGAAGGCAUAGAAGCAUCAUCAAAACAAACUUUACAUUCUGCAGAAUCCACUGGAUCUUCUUCAUUAUCACAAACAUCAAGUUCUUUUGAUGCUUCUCACACCUCACCUACAGCAAAUCAAACUACGGAGGCAUCAACUGUAUUGCACAUAACAGCAACAAAAGAAUCCUUGAAAUCUACCGCCAGUGUUUCCCAAGUGACAGAUACAUCAACCUUACCAGAAUCAUCGCAUUUUACCUCUACCAUACAAACAUCAACAGAAACACAAAAAACAUCUACAUCUCCACCUUUAGUGAGCUCAUCAACAAGAGAAACAUCAGGGGAUUCCCAAGCAACAGAGGGCACGUCCACCAAAGCAGAAAACUCAAUUUAUACAUCUGAAUCCUCAACAUUAAAAGAUAUCUCAACAAGCUUAACAGAAAGUGUUCCAAUAACACCAGUACGGUCAAAAGAAACAACAACAAUAACAUUUUCAUCAGCAUCCAAACAACAGCUUUCCACUGCAACUGAAACACAGGAGACAUCAACAGCACUACACUUAUCACAGGCAACCACUGUGGCAAAGCCUUCAACAACUGUGGAAGUCUCAACUGCUUCUGGAUCUUCAACAUCUUCAUCAGUAUUUAAAACUUCACAAUCUACUGAAAGUAUAGAAGCAUCAACUCAAACUUUACAUUCUGCAGAAUCCACUGGAUCUUCUUCAUUAUCACAAACAUCAAGUUCUUUUGAUGCUUCUAACACCUCACCUACAGCAAAUCAAACUACGGAGGCAUCAACUGUAUUGCACAUAACAUCAACAAAAGAAUCCUUGAAAUCUACCGCCAGUGUUUCCCAAGUGACAGAUACAUCAACUUUACCAGAAUCAUCGCAUUUAACCUCUACUAUACAAACAUCAACAGAAACACAAAAAACAUCUACAUCUCCACCUUUAGUGAGCUCAUCAACAACAGAAACAUCAGGGGCUUCCCAAGCAACAGAGGGCACUUCCACCAAAGCUGAAAACUCAAUUCAAACAUCUGAAAGCUCGACGCUAAAAGAUAUCUCAACAAGCUUAACAGAAAGUGUUCCAAUAACAGCAGUACGUUUAACAGAAACGACAAUAACAUUUUCAUCAGCAACCAAACAACAGCUUUCCACUGCAACUGAAACACAGGAGACAUCAACAAUACUACAAUCAUCACAGGCAACCACUGUGGCAAAGCCUUCAACAACUGUGGAAGUCUCAACUGCUUCUGGAUCUUCAACAUCUUCAUCAGUAUCUAAAACUUCACAAUCUACUGAAGGCAUAGAAGCAUCAUCAACUCAAACUUUACAUUCUGCAGAAUCCACUGGAUCUUCUUCAUUAUCACAAACAUCAAGUUCUUUUGAUGCUUCUCACACCUCAUCUACAACAAAUCGAACAACAGAGGCAUCAACUGUAUUACACACUACAUCCACAAAAGAAUUCUUGGAAUCUACCGCCAGUGUUUCCCAAGUGACUGAUACAUCAACCUUACCAGAAUCAUCGCAUUUAAACUCUACCAUACAAACAUCAACAGAAACACAUAAAACAUCUACAUCUCCACCUUUAGUGAGCUCAUCCACAAGAGAAACAUCAGGGGCUUCCCAAGCAACAGAGGGCACUUCCAGCAAAGCUGAAAACUCAAUUUAUACAUCUGAAACCUCGACGCUAAAAGAUAUCUCAACAAGCUUAACAGAAAGUGCUCCAAUAACACCAGUACGGUCAACAGAAACAACAACAAUAACAUUUCCAUCAGCAACCAAACAACAGCUUUCCACUGCAACUGAAACACAGGAGAAAUCAACAGCACUACAAUCAUCACAGGCAACCACUGUGGCAAAGCCCUCAACAACUGUGGAAGUCUCAACUGCUUCUGGAUCUUCAACAUCUUCAUCAGUAUCUAAAACUCCACAAUCUACUGAAGGCAUAGAAGCAUCAUCAACUCAAACUUUACAUUCUGCAGAAUCCACUGGAUCUUCUUCAUUAUCACAAACAUCAAGUUCUUUUGAUGCUUCUCACACCUCACCUACAGCAAAUCAAACUACGGAGACAUCAACUGUAUUGCACAUAACAGCAACAAAAGAAUCCUUGAAAUCUACCGCCAGUGUUUCCCAAGUGACAGAUACAUCAACCUUACCAGAAUCAUCGCAUUUUACCUCUACCAUACAAACAUCAACAGAAACACAUAAAACAUCUACAUCUCCACCUUUAGUGAGCUCAUCUACAAGAGAAACAUCAGGGGCUUCCCAAGCAACAGAGGGCACGUCCACCAAAGCUGAAAACUCAAUUUAUACAUCUGAAUCCUCAACAUUAAAAGAUAUCUCAACAAGCUUAACAGAAAGUGUUCCAAUAACACCAGUACGUUCAACAGAAACGACAACAAUAACAUUUUCAUUAGCAUCCAAACAACAGCUUUCCACUGCAACUGAAACACAGGAGACAUCAACAAUACUACAAUCAUCACAGGCAACCACUGUGGCAAAGCCUUCAACAACUGUGGAAGUCUCAACUGCUUCUGGAUCUUCAACAUCUUCAUCAGUAUCUAAAACUCCACAAUCUACUGAAGGCAUAGAAGCAUCAUCAACUCAAACUUUACAUUCUGCAGAAUCCACUGGAUCUUCUUCAUUAUCACAAACAUCAAGUUCUUUUGAUGCUUCUCACACCUCACCUACAGCAAAUCAAACUACGGAGGCAUCAACUAUAUUGCACAUAACAGCAACAAAAGAAUCCUUGAAGUCUACCGCCAGUGUUUCCCAAGUGACAGAUACAUCAACCUUACCAGAAUCAUCGCAUUUUACCUCUACCACACAAACAUCAACAGAAACACAAAAAACAUCUACAUCUCUACCUUUAGUGAGCUCAUCAACAAGAGAAACAUCAGGGGCUUCCCAAGCAACAGAGGGCACUUCCACCAAAGCUGAAAACUCAAUUCAAACAUCUGAAAGCUCGAUGCUAAAAGAUAUCUCAACAAGCUUAACAGAAAGUGUUCCUACAACAGCAGUACGUUCAACAGAAACGACAAUAACAUUUUUAUCAGCAACCAAAAAACAGCUUUCCACUGCAAUUGAAACACAGGAGACAUCAACAGUACUACAAUCAUCCCAGGCAACCACUGUCGCAAAGCCUUCAACAACUGUGGAAGUCUCAACUGCUUCUGGAUCUUCAACAUCUUCAUCAGUAUCUAAAACCCCACAAUCUACUGAAGGCAUAGAAGCAUCAUCAACUCAAACUUUACAUUCUGCAGAAUCCACUGGAUCUUCUUCAUUAUCACAAACAUCAAGUUCUUUUGAUGCUUCUCACACCUCACCUACAGCAAAUCAAACUACGGAGGCAUCAACUGUAUUGCACAUAACAGCAACAAAAGAAUCCUUGAAAUCUACCGCCAGUGUUUCCCAAGUGACAGAUACAUCAACCUUACCAGAAUCAUCGCAUUUUACCUCUACCAUACAAACAUCAACAGAAACACAAAAAACAUCUACAUCUCCACCUUUAGUGAGCUCAUCAACAAGAGAAACAUCAGGCGCUUCCCAAGCAACAGAGGGCACGUCCACCAAAGCUGAAAACUCAAUUUAUACAUCUGAAUCCUCAACAUUAAAAGAUAUCUCAACAAGCUUAACAGAAAGUGUUCCAAUAACACCAGUACGGUCAACAGAAACGACAACAAUAACAUUUUCAUCAGCAUCCAAACAACAGCUUUCCACUGCAACUGAAACACAGGAGACAUCAACAAUACUACAAUCAUCACAGGCAACCACUGUGGCAAAGCCUUCAACAACUGUGGAAGUCUCAACUGCUUCUGGAUCUUCAAAAUCUUCAUCAGUAUCUAAAACUCCUCAAUCUACUGAAGGCAUAGAAGCAUCAUCAACUCAAACUUUACAUUCUGCAGAAUCUACUGGAUCUUCUUCAUUAUCACAAACAUCAAGUUCUUUUGAUGCUUCUCAAACCUCAUCUACAACAAAUCGAACAACAGAGGCAUCAACUGUAUUACACACUACAUCCACAAAAGAAUCCUUGGAAUCUACCGCCAGUGUUUCCCAAGUGACUGAUACAUCAACCUUACCAGAAUCAUCGCAUUUAAACUCUACCAUACAAACAUCAACAGAAACACAUAAAACAUCUACAUCUCCACCUUUAGUGAGCUCAUCAACAAGAGAAACAUCAGGGGCUUCCCAAGCAAUAGAGGGCACUUCCAGCAAAGCUGAAAACUCAAUUUAUACAUCUGAAACCUCGACGCUAAAAGAUAUCUCAACAAGCUUAACAGAAAGUGUUCCAAUAACACCAGUACGGUCAACAGAAACAACAACAAUAACAUUUUCAUCAGCAACCAAACAACAGCUUUCCACUGCAACUGAAACACAGGAGACAUCAACAGCACUACAAUCAUCACAGGCAACCACUGUGGCAAAGCCCUCAACAAAUGUGGAAGUCUCAACUGUUUCUGGAUCUUCAACAUCUUCAUCAGUAUCUAAAACUCCACAAUCUACUGAAGGCAUAGAAGCAUCAUCAACUCAAACUUCACAUUCUGCAGAAUCCACUGGAUCUUCUUCAUUAUCACAAACAUCAAGUUCUUUUGACGCUUCUCACACCUCAUCUACAACAAAUCGAACAACAGAGGCAUCAACUGUAUUGCAUAUAACAUCAACAAAAGAAUCCUUGAAAUCUACCGCCAGUGUUUCCCAAGUGACAGAUACAUCAACCUUACCAGAAUCAUCGCAUUUAACCGCUACCAUACAAACAUCAACAGAAACACAAAAAACAUCUACAUCUCCACCUUUAGUGAGCUCAUCAACAAGAGAAACAUCAGGGGCUUCCCAAGCAACAAAGGGCACGUCCACCAAAGCUGAAAACUCAAUUUAUACAUAUGAAACCUCGACGCUAAAAGAUUUUUUAUCAAGCUUAACAGAAAGUGUUCCAAUAACACCAGUACGGUCAACAGAAACAACAACAACAACAAAUACAUUUUCAUCAGCAACCAAACAACAGUUUACCACUGCAACUGAAACACAGGAGACAUCAACAGCACUACAGUCAUCACAUAUAACCACCGUUUUAAAGCCCUCAACAAUUAUGGAAGUCUCAACUGCUUCUGGAUCUUCAACAUCUUUAUCACUAUCUAAAACUCCACAAUCUACUGAAAGGAUAGAUGCAUCUUCAACUCAAACUGCACAUUCUGCAGAAUCCACUGGAUCUUCUCUAUUCUCACAGACUUCAAGUUCUUUUGAUGCUUCUCACACCUCACCCACAGCAAAUCAAACUACAGAGGCGUCAACUGUAUUGCACAUAACACCAACAAAUGAAUCCUUGGAAUCUAGCCCCAGCAGUUCUCAUGUGACAGAUAACUUGACCUUCCCAGAAUCAUCACCUUUUACCUCUACUAUACAAACAUCAACACAGGAAACUACUUCUCAACCUUUACUAAUCUCUUCAACUAGAGCUGCUUCCGAAGCAAAAGAAGUCUUUUCAACCGCAGCUAAAAAAUCAUUUCAAACAUCUGAAAUCUCAACGUUCAAAGAUGAAGCCACUAAAAGACCUAUAAAACCAACAUCAGAAAAACCUUCCACACUGCAGUGUCCAAAUUUCAGAUUUGGGCACAACUGUCAAUAUGGAAACAAUUCUGUGGAUGUAAUAAUAGAUACAAACAAGGGUCCUUUUAAGAGUAUUAAUGUUCUCGCAACAUUGAACAGAACAUAUACUCCACAACUUGCAAAUAACUCUUCACCUGAAUACAUCACCCUAGCUGCUGAGAUUGAAAAGAAUUUCACAAAAAUAUACCAGAGUGCACCACAGUAUUUUCAGAAAAUGAUACUACAUGGGUUCAGUAACGGAAGCAUCAUUGUCAAUACUUCUGGAAUCUAUAGCUACCCAAACAACCAGACAGGAAUUGACUACAUGAACAAUAAUUUGACUGAUGACGUCAAAAAUGCAUUUUUCACCAGUAAUGACAUCUCAGCUGAAAACGUGAGCGUAUCUUCUGUGUCUUCUCCUAUAAUAAGUGUAGCUCAACUGAAAGCUUAUAUGACAUGCAGCUUGAACUUCACUAAUUACAACAUAACCUGUAAUGAGUCCUGUCAGUGCUAUGGACCAUGUGCUCAGAAUAAUACUUACUGUUCCAAUAAUGGGACUUGCUACAAUGCUGAAACUGGACCAGUGUGCAUCUGUAACAGUCCAUACAAAGGUGAAACGUGCAACACUGAAAUUUCCACCAGUCCUACUUCAGAAAUUGUUAGCACCUCGAUACUUUCCACCCUUUCAACUAGACCUUUUUCAGUUGAAGAAACAAGCGAGCCUUCAGACACAUCAUCAUUACAUUUCUCAAGCUCAGCUGCUUCAACCACUCUGACUACUGAAAACGUCUCUUCCACCGUUACAGACCAUGCUUCGACUCUUAUGUCACAGGCAUCAACACAGCUACCAUCAGUACCAACAGAGACAUCACCAUCACAAGAACCCAGUACCACACAAACUAGUAACCUUUCAACAAGCAAACAAAUAUUGUCUUCUACAUCAACGGGAGCAAGGACUGUCUUCACUUCUGAGAUUUCCACAGAAGCUGCAACUUCCACCAGAACUGAAGAAACGGGCACAAUUUCUACAGAACUCUCAACAGCCUUUUCAACUAUUUCAUCCACUUCUGUACCACAGAUUACAACUUCAGAAGUUUUAUUAACAGCCACAAAAACUAGUCAUCUUCCUGCUACAACUUCUGAACUACCUGCUACAACGGACAUAAAAACAGUAAAGUCUGAACCUGCACUCUCUCCUGAGGUGACUGCCACUUUGUCGUCAACUCCAUCUAUUCAGACACUUUCCACAACUGCAAUUAGUCUUCCAUCUGAAAGUCUUACCACCACUAUAUUUUCCACACUGUCGUCCUCACCCACUUCAUUUGAAGAAACAAGCAUGCCUUCUGAAACACCAUCAUCUUCCUUCAGCACUUCAUUUUCAACAGUUCUGACUUCAGAAAACAUCUCAACCCCAAUGACAGAUGACUUGACAACUAGUACAUCACACACAUCUACAAAACUACUGACAACAACAACAGAGUCUUCACCAGCUCAAGAAUCUAGUACGGAAACAAUUAGUCUUUAUACAGGGGAACAAAUAUCGUCCUCUGCUUCAACAAGACCAAAUACUGUAUUCACUACUAAGCUUUCCACUCAAGCAGUUACUUCUACUACAAAUGAGGAAACUGGUACUUUUUCUACAAAACUAUCAACAUUCCUGACUACUGUCCCAUCCACCAUUUUACCACUCUCAACAACUCCAGAAGGUUUGUUAACAACGCAAACCAGUCAUCUUCCCACUACAACUUCUGAGCUACCAGCUAUAACAGCAAUACAAACAGUGAUGUCUGAAUCAACAUUCUCUCCUGAGGUGAAUAACACUGUAUCAUCAAUACCAAUGCCUAAAACUAUUUCAACAAGUUCCACCAGUCCUACUUUAGAAAUUGCUAGCACCUCGAUAUUUUCCACCCUUUCAACUAGAGCUACUUCAGUUAAAGAAACAAGCGAGCCAAUAGAGACAUCAUCAUUACAUUCCUCAAGCUCAGCUGCUUCAACCGCUCCAACUACUGAAAAUGUCUCUUCCACCGUUACAGACCAUGCUUCGACUCUUAUGUCACAGGCAUCAACACAGCUACCAUCAGUACCAACAGAGACAUCACCAUCACAAGAACCCAGUACCACACAAACUAGUAACCAUUUAACAAGCAAACAAAUAUUGUCUUCUACAUCAACGGGAGCAAGGACUGUCUUCACUUCUGAGAUUUCCACAGAAGCUGCAACUUCCACCAGAACUGAAGAAACGGGCACAAUUUCUACAGAACCCUCAACAGCCUUUUCAACUAUUUCAUCCACUUCUGUACCACAGAUUACAACUUCAGAAGUUUUAUUAACAACCACAAAAACUAGUCAUCUUCCUGCUACAACUUCUGAACUACCUGCUACAACGGACAUAAAAACAGUAAAGUCUGAACCUGUACUCUCUCCUGAGGUGACUGCCACUUUGUCGUCAACUCCAUCUAUUCAGACACUUUCCACAACUGCAAUUAGUCUUCCAUCUGAAAGUCUUACCACCACAAUAUUUUCGACACUGUCGUCCUCACCCACUUCAUUUGAAGAAACAAGCAUGCCUUCUGAAACACCAUCAUCUUCCUUCAGCACUUCAUUUUCAACAGGUCUGACUUCAGAAAACAUCUCAACGCCAGUGACAGAUCACUUGACAACCAGUACAUCACACGCAUCUACAAAACUACUGACAACAACAACAGAGUCUUCACCAGCCCAAGAAUCCAGUACAGAAACAAUUAGUCUUUCUACAGGGGAACAAAUAUCGUCCUCUGCUUCAACAAGACCAAAUACUGUAUUCACUACUAAGCUUUCCACUCAAGCAGUUACUUCUACUACAAAUGAGGAAACUGGUACUUUUUCUACAAAACCAUCAACAUUCCUGACUACUGUCCCAUCCACAAUUUUACCACUCUCAACAACUCCAGAAGGUUUGUUAACAACGCAAACCAGUCAUCUUCCCACUACAACUUCUGAGCUACCAGCUACAACAGGAAUACAAACAGUGAUGUCUGAAUCAACACUCUCUCCUGAGGUGAAUAACACUGUGUCAUCAACACCAAUGCCUAAAAGUAUUUCAACAAGUUCCACCAGUCCUACUUUAGAAAUUGUUAGCACCUCGAUAUUUUCCACCCUUUCAACUAGAGCUACUUCAGUUAAAGAAACAAGCUUGCCAAUAGAGACAUCAUCAUUACAUUCCUCAAGCUCAGCUGCUUUAACCACUCCAACUACUGAAAAUGUCUCUUCCACCGUUACAGACCAUGCUUCGACUCUUAUGUCACAGGCAUCAACACAGCUACCAUCAGUACCAACAGAGACAUCACCAUCACAAGAACCCAGUACCACACAAACUAGUAACCUUUCAACAAGCAAACAAAUAUUGUCUUCUACAUCAACGGGAGCAAGGACUGUCUUCACUUCUGAGAUUUCCACAGAAGCUGCAACUUCCACCAGAACUGAAGAAACGGGCACAAUUUCUACAGAACUCUCAACAGCCUUUUCAACUAUUUCAUCCACUUCUGUACCACAGAUUACAACUUCAGAAGUUUUAUUAACAGCCACAAAAACUAGUCAUCUUCCUGCUACAACUUCUGAACUACCUGCUACAACGGACAUAAAAACAGUAAAGUCUGAACCUGCACUCUCUCCUGAGGUGACUGCCACUUUGUCGUCAACUCCAUCUAUUCAGACACUUUCCACAACUGCAAUUAGUCUUCCAUCUGAAAGUCUUACCACCACUAUAUUUUCCACACUGUCGUCCUCACCCACUUCAUUUGAAGAAACAAGCAUGCCUUCUGAAACACCAUCAUCUUCCUUCAGCACUUCAUUUUCAACAGUUCUGACUUCAGAAAACAUCUCAACCCCAAUGACAGAUGACUUGACAACUAGUACAUCACACACAUCUACAAAACUACUGACAACAACAACAGAGUCUUCACCAGCUCAAGAAUCUAGUACAGAAACAAUUAGUCUUUAUACAGGGGAACAAAUAUCGUCCUCUGCUUCAACAGGACCAAAGACUUUAUUUACUACUAAGCUUUCCACUCAAGCAGUUACUUCUACUACAAAUGAGGAAACUGGUACUUUUUCUAUAAAACCAUCAACAUUCCUGACUACUGUCCCAUCCACCAUUUUACCACUCUCAACAACUCCAGAAGGUCUGUUAACAACGCAAACCAGUCAUCUUCCCACUACAACUUCUGAGCUACCAGCUACAACAGCAAUACAAACAGUGAUGUCUGAAUCAACACUCUCUCUGAGGUGA